UCUUUGAUCCUGAGCUGCAUCCUGCACGUGUAAGGUUGCAUCCAGUGCAGACUACCGGGGAGUCUUCUGUUUCGUUUUGUGGGCUGAUCGAUCGAAGCAACCCAGCAGCUUCUUCUUUGGGAUGACGAAACAGCAGCCGCACACAGUCGAUUGCACACUAUAAAAUGCUAUGAAUGGUUUAGUACUAGUAUUGUUUGGCCAAGGUAACAGCAGAGUAGAGAUGUCGUCUUCGUCUCCUCCGGUGAAGCUCAUCGGCUUCUUCGGCAGCCCGUACGCGCACCGCGCCGAGGCGGCGCUGUGCCUCAAGGGCGUGCCUUACGAGCUCCUCCUGGAAGACCUGCUCAGAACCAAGAGCGACCUGCUGCUCCAGCACAACCCCGUGCACAAGAAGGUUCCCGUGCUCCUCCAUGGCGACCGCACCGUCUGCGAGUCCCUCGUCGUCGCCGAGUACGUCGACGAGGCCUUCGACGGGCCGCCGCUCCUGCCCGCCGACCCCUACGACCGCGCCAUGGCCCGUUUCUGGGCCGACUUCAUCGAAAACAAGCUGACCAAGCCGUUCUUCAUGGCGCACUGGGUCGAGGGCGAGGCGCGGGAGGGGUUCGAGAAAGAGGGCUUGGAGCUGCUGGCGAUUCUGGAGGAGCAGCUCAAGGGGAAGAGGUUCUUCGGCGGCGACAGGCCCGGCUACCUCGACAUCGCGGCUUCCAUGUUAGGUCCGUGGCGCAGCGUGGUUGAGGAGGUGACCGGGGUGACCGUGGUGAAGGAGGACGAGCACCCUGGUCUCUGCCAGUGGGCCAGGGAUUACAGCUCCCACGAAGCUCUCAAGCCGUGCAUUCCGGACAGAGAGAGACUCCUCGCCUACUUCACUAAGAACAAGGAGAUGUACAAAGCUGGCGUCAAGGCAAUGCUGCAGCAGUAAUUGGGCUACGUUUUCAGUUUUCUGCCCAUGGAGUAGUGUAUCCAUCAGUUUGAUCAGUCUAGCUUUAUGAACGACGAUGUAGGAGUAUUGUGCUGUUUGCAGGGCACAAGCACUCUGUAGUCUGAACCAGUGACUAGUGAGUUACUCGAGUCGGAUUGUAAUGACGUUGCUACUUAUAAAUUAUAAUUGACAAUAAAAGCUCCCGAAUUACCUGAAAAAGAAAA